GAUUUGAUCGUUCCAUUUGGAAGAAAGGAAGGAAAUUUUUCGAGAGGAAAUCGUGGAAGGAUAGCGAGAAUGUCGGAUAACUCUCUACGCCGGAAGACGAGGUCCGCCUCGAUCUGCGCCCCUGGAUUCUCCAGCAUGGAGCAAAUGUUGGAGGCGAUGCCUCCCUCGGGAGCCAGGGAGAGGGACAAGGUGGACAGGGAGAAGGACAGUGGGAGCGGUACGCCGGACGGAAGCACGCCGACCAGGAGGCGCAGGCCGGCGACCAGGUCUCAGAGUGCUCGUGUUUCCGGCGCGAAUAAGAGCAUCCGUCGUCGUGCUGCCGCUCAAGCUGCGCACCAUCAUCAUCACCAUCACGAAGGAACGGUCAAGUCCGCUCACUGCAGCAGCGAGCCCAGGUUGACCGACAAUGACAUCAGCCCCGGCCUCAGGAGAAGGGGGAGUCGAAGAGGGCAAAGUAUGCAUCACAGUCAUCACAGGAAGAGCAACGCGUUCCUCGACGUCCCCGACACCUCGUCCCAGAUACCCUCGAGGGAGGAGGGCGAGGACGAGGACAGUUACAGGCUCAGAAGCUUCAGUCUCACCAGCAAAGGUAUCAUCAACAGGGGCGAUUCGUUCAGAAGGAGAAGAUCAAGGUCGAACUCGCUCGCACCCACGGAUCCCGAAGGCGAGGAAAAGAAUUCAGUUCCUGCGAAAGAGAUCACCUCGUACACGGUCGCGAUACUCGGCGCGAGGGGUGUCGGGAAAACCGCCCUGAUCAGCCAAUUUAUGACCAGCGAAUGCAUAAACGCGUACGACAGGCAAAGAGACGUGCCCAGCGAGCAAUCCGUUUUCGUCAUGCUGAACGGCGAGGAGAGCGAGCUCAGAUUCCUCAACAUCUCGAACCCGAAGACGGAAUUGGAGAAGAAUCUGGAUGCCUUUGUCAUAAUGUAUUCCGUGAUUGAUAAGGCAUCCUUUCAGAGAGCGGAAGAAUAUCUGGAACGUCUUCACGACCAGGAUUUUCAUCGAGGAAAAUCGACUAUAUUAGUCGGUAACAAAGUGGAUCUCGUUCGAUCAAGGGUAGUUUCUUCUCAAGAUGGCAAGUGCAUGGCGUGCACGUAUCGGGUGAAGUUCAUCGAGGUGUCGGUCGGGAUCAACCACAACGUGGACCAUCUGCUGGUCGGGAUCCUGAAUCAGAUACGUCUGAAGAACAGCAGCAACGUGUCGGAGAAUCGGGGAGGGAACGGAGCCAGCGAGGGUAGCGGCCACUGGUACAAGUCGAGGGGUGUGGUUCGGGCGAGCAUGAAGGCCAGACAGAUGUUGACGUGGCUGUUCGGCAAAGAGGACAGCAAGUUCAAGAACUGCGAGAACCUUCACGUCCUCUAAGGAGAUUCUUUCUUUUUUCCCCUCUUUUUUCUUUUUCCUCUUUUCUUAAUCUAUGGCGUCGUACCUGAGGACGUAGAUUGUAGUAAGAGCGGUCUACUUGGUACAAUAAUUGUAACAAUAUCACGAAUAAACUGCUUAAUCCACGAUACUUCCACAAGGAGCUGCGUGCGAACUCUCGAAAACUGUUGUUGGCAUGCCAGCCAGCCAGGUAUGAUUGGAAUCCGAUGGAGAUUGAAUUUCGUUCAAGGGGGUAGUAGGUCUCGAUACGGAUGGCCAAUUUGAUUAUUAAAUAUUCAUGAGAUGCUCCUUUUGUUCCGUGGAGACUAUCCGUGGAAAAACAAUCCUAUCGUGCUUGUUUUAUUUCAUUUCGAUGGAGAAAUUUUUAGGGGGAAUUUUAGGAUUGGACAAGGAUUUGAAAGGGGAAUUGGAUGUUUGAAUGUAGAAAAAUUGGAAUUAUUGGAAGUAAUACGGUAGUUUUUUUUUUUUUUUGGAAUUGUUUAGAUUUUUAUCUGAAUUGAAUUGAAAAUGCUUGGGUGGCUUAAGGUGUUAAUUGUAUGUUGUAAAUAAUAAGAAUGUUAAUAAAUAUGAUAUAGAAGUUUUUUUCAUAUUUUUUUUUUUUUUAAGUUAAUUUCAAUUUCUUCUUUAGCUAUUUUCAAUUCGACAAAUUGGCCAUUCAAUAAUCACGGGAUUGGAAAAUUUGGAAAAAAUCGGAGUGCGAUCAAAGUGCCAAUUAGAUCAAACGAACGUUUGUUUCUCUUUCUCGACGAUUAAUUUUUAAUUUUUAAUUGUUAGCUUUUAAUAAAUUUCCGUCGAGGAUUCCCUCGAUAUCUAUCGUAAUAUCUGUAAGAAUAAGUUUGUUAAGUCGUCUGUGCUGGUAUUCGUUUUACGUAUACGAACGAGAAAUAUUUCACAUCUUUGGUUCUUCGAGGCAAAAUUUAAUGUGCGCACGAUUUGAUUAAUCCUUUGAUAAUCCUAUUAUUUCUGAUCACUUCCUUCGUAAAAUAUUCAUUUGUCUUUCCACGUUUAAUAAACGCAAAUUGCGAAUUGAAAAUUGUGAAAAUAAGAAAGAUCGAUGAAUAAUACAAAUUGUUUAAUUAUCGCCAUUUAAAUUGCGCAAUGAAAGAUUACAAUUUUAAAAAUAAAUCGAUAUACAAAUUUAAUUUUCGUGUUUCCGCGUACCUCGAUAUUUUAUACUAAUAAAUAAUUUCAAAUGGCUCUUAGGGCCAGAUGAAAUUUAAAAGAAGCGGGGGAUUUAAUCGAAAGAAAUGUAGUCAAAGGGUUAAUCGAAAGGAGGAACCCUAGCGAGACUCGAGAAAAAGAUUAAAAAAAAAUAUAUAUAUAUAUAAAAAUAUCUAUAAGAGAGAAGAGGAGGAGUUGAAAUCUAGUCGAUACGAAGGAAUUUAAAUUGGACCAUGGCAUGAAUUAGCGGCCAAUAAUGUUACUGUCGUUACUGUACAAUAAGACCAAUCUAAUCUUCUUAAUCCGAAUUGUAUAUACUGAUAAGUUUAACAGAUCUGUGUAUCUAUAUAAGAGGAAAGGGAAGAAAAAGAUGAGAGGAAGGAAUAAUAAAAAAAAAAAAAAAAAAAAAAAAAAAAAAUAAAGGGAAAGAAGAGAAGUUGGAUACGUGUGUUAUAUUAUUAUAAAUAUAAAUAAAAAUGCACUCCCUUUUAGAAGACUCAGGACGCUUCUUCUUUUAAUUUUCUCUUAAAAAGAAAGUAUAGCAAUUGAUAAAAAGUUACGAUCGACGUUGAUAAUGACAGAUACAAUAAAUGUCCAAAGACUUUUAAGCGGGAGUGUAAUAUGUCUCUACUACACGCAUAUACAUAUAACUAUAUUCCUGAUGUACGAUCAAGCAUAAGUCUACGUUAGUUUUGUGUAGAUGUAUCGUUAAACGAUUGACGUGUUGUUGUAUUGCGUGUUUUCCUUAAAAAAGAACGGGUACUAUGAAGAAUAUUCCUUUUUUUUGGGGAACAUUUUACGAAAAAAAAAAAAGAAACAUAUGUACACAUACGCGCGCACAUAUAUAUAUAUAUAUACACGUAUAUAUCCAUUGUCUAUUUUCUGCGAUCUCUACGCCUAUGUAUAUCCGAAUUACAUAUGUAUAAAUAUAUCCGUAUAUAUAGGGUGUCAGGAAAAAAGAUGGUUCAAGAAGUGGUUCUACUCGUGUAAUUUUACUAAUCAAUUCUUUUGGAAAAAAGCAACAAACUUUUUUUUAUCAUCACUAUUAUUAAUUUUAUUUAUUGUACGCCAUCUUUUGUAAAUAGCUAUACACGAUAAAAUAAUAAAAUUCUUUUGUGUAUAUAGUUUUCCACAAUUUUUCAUUUGUUAUCCUUUGUUACGUAUUCUGUUUUUUUCUUCCUUUUUUUCUUUCUUCAUUUUUUUAAUUAAAAAAUGAAUUUAUCAGCAUUCUUGAACCAGAUUCCUUGAACACUUUAUAUAUCUAAAACAGUGUUGUAACAAGUAUAGUUCGAGCGGUAUAUCCGUCUCAGGGGCCAAGCUGCAAGGCUGUAGGAUAAAAAAAAAAAAUAGAAACGAGGUUCAUACGUUUAAAUAAAAAUUGAAACAGUUUAUAAGCUAUUCUAAGAAGUGUGUAACAUUGGAAACAAUCGAGAAUAAUGAAAAGUGAUAUUAAUUCACAGACAAAAAAAAAAAUAGUUAUAGGGAACAGUAUUACAUUUUCUAAAAAUGAUUUAAAGUGUAAUUAAAUCGUGAUUCGAAACGAGAUAUUAAAAAUGAAUUUUACUACGUGUUAUAGUAUUAAACGUCUCAAAGUAAUGUAAAGUGAAGUCGAUGAAGUUUCGAGUUUGGUUAAUUUGGUAGAUGGAAAAUAUUAGGUUAGAAAAAGGUAAACUUUCAAGUCGACGAAAAUUUGGAUGAAAUUCAAGAUAGAUAUUAAGCUUGAGAAGAAACGAGUAAAAGAAAUUCUCAUUUUAAUAGUUCAUAAUCUUCUUCCAUCCAAGUAGGAUAAUUUGAAAUGAAAAAUGAAUUUGAUGAUUAAUUUAUUAUCAUCUGAAUAAUUGAAUGGGAGAUUGUGAAAAUCAAUAGCAAUAUAACCAUAAAUUCUGAAAGUAGAAUAAGAAUCAAAUUCGAGGUGAAAUUAAAUCAAAAUAAAAAUCAAAGGAAAUUACGCGAUUUAAGAAAUGCAUCCUUCUAACUCAUCAGAUCGCGAGGCUAUCUUCUUACAGCACUGUAAAAAUCAAAAAUAAAAAAGAAAAAAAAAAAUUAAAAGCAAAAAUGGAAGAAAGAAAAAAGAGAAAGACGGUAAAAUUAAAAACGAAAAAAGGUAUAAAUUUAAGUGAAAAUUAUUCCUUUGUCGAUAAACUUUGUUCGAAAAUUAAUGGCGAAUUAAUGACAUUGUUAUGUCGAUCGUUUAAUUCCCUCUAUCUUUUAUCAAUUGCGAAACGAGCCAAGGUAUUGUCGUUUGCCAUCGGUUUGCGUCAUUAUUGCUAGUAUUCUUGAAUUAAUUUAAUUAAAAAAAAGAAAAAGAAAUCAAAAGAUCGAAUUCUAUGAAAGCAUGACUCGAGCAAGGAUGAAAAUAAGAGAGAGACAAAGAGAGAGGAAAGGAAAAGGGAAUUCUUAUCAAGUGCCUUUGUGUAUUUUUGUAAUUUAAGCUAAAAACUACUCGAUGUAAGUCUUAAC